AUGGAGAAGGGGAGCAGCGGGCUGUCCUGCCGCGCCGCCAUCUGCGGCAUCGUCGUGUUCCUCAGCGUCAUCGCCUUCUCCUGCUCGCUCGCCGCGGAAUUCCGCAAGGUCAAGGAGAAGGACAUGAAGCUGGACGGGAGCCUCUGCUCGCUGCCCAAGAGCUCCGCCUUCGAGCUGGGCGUGGCCGCCAUCGCCUUCCUCUUCGUGGCGCAGCUCGUGGGCACCACGGCGACGGUGACCACCGUGUGCGCCGGCAAGCCCAGGAAGAGCUCCGCCACCAGAGGGCGCGCCGCGUUCGUCUCCCUCUUGGUCCUCUCAUGGCUGAGCUUCGCGGUGGCCGUGAUCCUGCUGGCGACAGCCGCGAGCAUGAACCACGGGCAGAGGUACGGGCGCGGGUGGAUGGACGGCGACUGCUACGUGGCCCGGAGCGGCGUGUUCGGCGGCGCGUCGUGCCUGGUCGUCGUCACGGCGCUCAUCACCCUCGGCCUCACCUUCGCCACGGAAUCGGCCGCGGCCGCGGCCGCGGGGGCAUGGCGACGACGCCCGCAUCGUCGUCAUCGGCGACAUGCACGAGGACACAUCUCGACACGGCGUCGGCGGACGCGGAACAGCCGGGCGGGCGAUCCAAGCAAUGAGGCAGGCUGGCUGGCUGGGGCGCGGCGCGGGGCGGGGCGGACCAACCGGAGGCGGCUGGUGAGCGGCAACGUUCGUGCCGGCCGCAAAAGGCCGCGCCGCGUGGGGCAGCUGGUGGGCUGGCGGGGCAACGGAAAGUGGCAGGCGGCCGCCGGACCAGACCGGUGGGGCCGUGUGGGGGCGGAUGGAUUACGGAUAUACAGCUGGUUGGUUGGAUAUUUAGCGGCCGCGACAGAGGUACAUACAUUACUGUUUACUGUCCCAUUACUGACCAGUUUACUGACUCGACCGUGUAACAUGUAA